AUUGGUAGUCUAUUGACCAAUUUAUUUCGUUGAUGAUUGUGUUGUGAGUGCGUGCGAAAUAUUUUUUUGAAUAAUUUGAUUGUUUUACUAUGUUUAAAUAAUUUUUAAUACUUAUUUGCAUGCUGUGUACAUAGGUAAACUGUUUCCAUGUCGUAUAUAAUGAUAAUGUGAUUAGGUUAAUUUAAUUUGAAACAUGAAUGGCUGCUACUGCUAUGGAAUGUCGAAGUAGUUAUUGUUGAUUUUAGUAUUCAGUUUGUGUUCUCGAGUACAAGUACAACCAGUGAAGGUACUUGUUUACGUUCAACGCAAGUAAUGCGGAAAAAAUAGUAAUAUUUUUGCCCCAAGUUGAAAAUAUAAUACAAAAUGUUUUCAAAGAAGAAAAAGAAGCCUCUGAUUUCCCCACCGAGCAAUUUUGAACAUAGAGUGCACACUGGGUUUGAUAAACAAGAGGGCAAAUUUGUGGGUUUGCCAUUACAGUGGGCAUCCCUUGUUGGCAACAACCAGAUCCUAAAAUCUACAAACAGACCACUACCAUUAGUGGAUCCAUCAGAAAUUACACCUACUGAAAUUUUAGACUUAAAGACAGUUGUCAGAGGAGAUCACAGAGUUACUUCAGUGUCAUCCAUAGCUCGUCCGAUAUCCAACCCAGUGCAUCUGCCACAGCCAGUUCAAAAUGGGCUUGUGUUACCAAAAACAUCCAAUGUUGCACGCUCAAACUCUCUACGAAGCAGCAGUCCACCAAGGAUCAGGAGAGAUCUACGCAACCAGGCAAAUGUACCUCCAUCGGUACCUGAAGAAUCACCCCCCGUGCCCCCGGCCCCACAGCAAUACCCCAGUUUACGUAGAGAUCAGAGCAACUUUAUUCAUAACAAACAAAUUCCGGAAUCACCUGUUGAUUGGUCUCAAAACCCUAAUGAAAGUGCCAUGAGAACAGGAGAGGUGAAUGACAACCAUCAUACAAUAACAUAUCAAAACAUACAGAAUGCGAAUGUGCCUUACCAACACAAUCAUCCCCCACAACCUGUCACACAUAAUAUGCAUCAUGGGCUGAAUGGAAACAAUGUAAACAUGGGUGAUUCAUAUUCAAUGCCAAGACACCAGCAUGCCGGGGCUCCUGUGGGUGCCCAGCAUCUCACUCUUGCUGCUUCUAAACACGAGUUACGGCUUACACAUGAACAGUUCCGAGCAGCUUUGCGUUUGGUGGUAAGCGAAGGUGACCCUCGCUCGUCUCUCACUGGGUUCAGCAAGAUCGGAGUGGGCAGCACUGGAGUGGUGUGCGCGGCUACAGACACUUUGACUCGUCGUCGCGUAGCCGUCAAGAUGAUGAACUUGAGGAAGCAACAGCGUAGGGAACUGCUGUUUAACGAAGUGGUGAUAAUGCGGGACUACCCGCACCCCAACAUCGUGGAGAUGCAUGCAUCGUACCUGGUUGGCGACGAACUGUGGGUGGUGAUGGAGUACAUGGCGGGCGGGGCUCUCACCGACAUCGUCACUCGCCACUCCGUCAGGAUGGACCCCGAGCAGAUCGCCACUGUCUGCAAACAGUGCCUGAAGGCGUUGGCAUUUUUACAUGGUCAAGGCGUCAUACACAGAGACAUCAAAUCUGACUCUAUACUGAUGACGGCUGAUGGUCGGGUCAAGCUUUCGGACUUCGGCUUCUGUGCUCAAGUUUCUCAGGAACUACCAAAACGGAAGUCUUUGGUAGGAACGCCGUACUGGAUGUCGCCGGAAGUGAUAUCGAGACUGCCGUACGGACCGGAAGUGGACGUGUGGUCACUGGGCAUUAUGGUCAUUGAGAUGGUGGAUGGAGAGCCACCUUUCUUCAAUGAGCCACCACUGCAGGCGAUGCGCCGCAUCCGCGACAUGCCCCCCCCGCGUCCCCGCUGCGCCGCCCGCUGCCCCGCGGACCUCAUGUCGUUCAUCGAGUGCGCGCUGGUCCGGGACCCGCUGCAGCGCCAGCCCGCCGCGCGCCUGCUGCUGCACCCGUUCCUGCGCCGCGCCGGGCCGCCGGCGCUGCUGGUGCCGCUCAUGCCGCACCACCAGCCACAGGACAUGUAAUUAUGCUGACAAACCCACCUCCUUCGUUCGACUCGAAAAUAGUGUACAAUAGACAAGUAGCGUAUUUAUUGCACUCUAGUAAGUUUUAUAUUUAUUGACCUGCAUGAAAAUAAGUUAGGCGAGAUAACAUCUUGUACUCAUUUAUUCUUUAAUCACAAUUAUAUAUUGUCAUCAGUAAUAAAUUAACUUAUAAUCCAACCAAAGUAUUAAUAUACUACUAUCCGAUUCAAAGGAUUGUAAAAUGCUUUAUUGUCUCAAAAAUCUCUUAUUCGCUUUUAAAUCUAAAAAUGAGAAACUCCAGUGAUGUAUAUUUAUCAGGUUGAGGAUAAUUUAUCUACAGUGACUGACACGGAUCUUAAUUAUUCACAAGACGAAAUAAUUUUUAUUAACUGGAAUAAAAAAUACUUACUAUAACACACCUGUUAUGAUUUAUGGUGAUUGUCGGAUUGUACUUAUGGCGAACAUUAAAUGCGUUAUGUAAAAGUCGUGUUUUUUACAAUAACAUUUUAGUCAGCAGAGUUCAAUGGACUUUGCCCAUCUCUGUGGCAGAUAACAGAUUGGGAUCCAUUUUGACUAUACUUAGUUCAUAUGAAGACCUAUCUUAGCUUCACUUGAUUAAUGUGAGAGCGGUUUAUUUAUUUUUUAUACUCUUUUUUUUUUGUUUAAAUGAAUCAUGCCUUUUUCACAUUCCUUAUCAAUUUCCAUGAAUUUUAUACGGUAUUUUUGUUGAAAUUAUAUUAAUGUGUUAAUUUUUAUUAUUGCCAUAAAAUAAGGUUUGUUAAUUAGAUGAAAUUGUUAAUCUUUAGCGUAGUAGUGUCUUCGAUUAAUGGAGUAGAUUUUAGCAUGCAAACUCGUCUCUACGUCUCCCUUGCAUCAUUUGAGUUGCUUGAGAAUUCUGUAACUUCAGAAAUUAUUACAAGGAAAUCAUUCUGAAUAUAGUGAUAGGGUUAAAAUUCAAGGCUUAGGUCACAUAGUUUAUAAGACUAACGUAUAUUAUAACGUUGACUCUCUUAUUUAAAAUGUUUUCAUCGCGAUAUUUUCACCCGUCCAUUUACAUUUUGUAUAGUAAUACUUUAACAUUAUUAUAAUUGUUAUCGUAAUAUUAUGUCUUGAAUAACUUUUUCUAUUUUCAUAUUGAUAUUAAAUUAUUAUAUUUCGUAGCAUGCUAGAUUCUAAUCUCCCAUUCCUCAUUGUAUGGUAACAUUUAGGUAUUAUAUUUGUUGACAAAUCAAUGCAGUGCCAGAAAAUGUAUACAUUGGACGAAUCAUUUCAAAACCAGUAUUAUUGAACUAUAAAUCGUUAUGUACUUAUUUUAUUUUUGAAUUCUGUUUAGUACGGUUACGUGAUCUUUUAUAUCUUUAGUGUGUAGCGAUUGCUGUAUUAUGCUUUUUCUCUUAUACAUUCCGACUAAAAUGCAAUGCAUUGUUUUUUAUUAUAUUUUGGAUAUACAGCCGCAUUAGAUAAAUACAAUAGCGACCUACGCCUUCCAUUGUGGCCUCAGUAAUUAUGACUUGAAUGCUGAACUUUUUUUACGGCUGAAUUUUUACGAUUUGAGGAAGAGAUUAUAGUAAUAUUUUUUGGCUAUUGCCUUAAGGAAAGAUAUUCAGCAAACAAUAGUUUAUGUGUGUUUUAUUGAUAUUUUAUAUGUCAGUUGGGAUAUUUUUUGCUAAGUAUUUCCUAUUUUUACUGGCAUAUGUUAUCGAGAUUAUUAAUAAUUUAUAGAAAAUCCGUCUGUAUUUACGAUCAACCAGUCUGUAAAACGACUAUGUUUACUCUUUACAUAAAUCUGGUUUAAUAAACCCAUUGUUACCCAUAUAGGAAUUGUGUUAAACUUCAUUUUUUAUAUUAUUUCUAAAACAGUACAUUAUAAUGUGUCGUUACAAAUCUAGUAAAUUAAAUUAUUGUACAAUCAUUUUAAAGCGGAUGAAAGAGGCCUAUAUAUUGAGAGUUUAGAAAUAAUUGUCAAAAUUAAUUAUAUAUUGUUAUUCUCUGAUUAGAUACAAAAUUGUAUGUACUUAAUCGUAGGCAGCUAGGAAGAGUACUAUCAGUCGAAAUAUCUUGUAUUUCACACUUUGCCUUAAAUAGAAUUAGUGCCUUAUCACAGCCUAUAUCGAUUGUGUGUGUGCACCAUCUGUUAUUAGUAUAUAGUUAUAUACAUUAAAUACUUGUAACUAGCUUCUGCCGACAGGUCUCCCGUCUGAUGCAUAUUCUUCAUAAAUUUAUUAUGAUCAAACUAAGAAAAAUAGUGUUUUUGACAACUAUUCCUAUUAGUCAGAAAAAAUAUUAAAAUCAAGUUAUAUUACAAAGAAAUCCGUAGACAUGAAGCUAGUUUAUAUACAAUGAGAGUUAGAUGUACAUUCUCAUCACAAUCUCGUUCAUUCAUACUAUAAUUCUGUUUGUAAUUUAUUAUUAGUAAUGAUUUCAUGUUUUCUAUGAGGUAUAUGCCAAAUAUAUUGUAAUAUUAUAUCACAUUGUUGAUAAGAACUGUUAUAAAAUAUAGAUUUUGAAAUAAUAA